AUGGAUACCACCAGUGAUGAUGCGCUAAGAAAGCGCACUUCUCAGUCCACUGCGAAAACCAACGGGCAUGACAAUAUACCCAAAACCAAUGGAGUGACGAGUGAUCUACUAAAGAAGCAUGGUCAUCCCGCAGGAGAAAUUAAGCAUGGAACAUUGACACAGAUCGUUCGGGCAAUUCUCCUGACAACAUUCUUGAAUUGUUGUACGUUCAGCAUCGCUGCCACACAAUUCCUUGGUGCGCCUCUGUAUUGGUACAACCGAGACUAUUACUACGCAUACAUGGCUCUAACAAAGCAAUCUUUUGGAAUCUGUGGCACUGCAGGUACCAAAGUAUUUGCCCCGACCAAAGUUCGAGUGAGUUGGGACCCAGAAUUAAAGGGACAAUUUCGCGUCUCGAGCACGGGUCGAUUGGAGACAUCAUUCCCAGAGAGACUGGUGUAUGUCGCCAAUCAUCAAGUCUACACAGAAUGGCUAUAUCUCUGGUGGAUAGCGUACACCAGCCGCAUGCACGGACACAUCUACAUCAUCCUCAAGGAAUCUCUCAAGUAUGUCCCAAUUCUCGGUCCUGGUAUGAUGUUUUAUGGAUUCAUCUUCAUGGCCCGGAAAUGGGUGUCAGACAAACCACGUCUACAACAUCGCCUGGAGAAAUUAAAAACUCGACAUAGCGGCCCGCUGUCCGGUUCCUCAAGUCUGGACCCCAUGUGGCUAUUGAUCUUUCCUGAAGGCACCAAUCUGUCCCGCAAUACCGUCAAAGGUAGUGCAAAGUGGGCCGAGAAGCAGGGCAUUCCCAACACCAGACAUGUACUUCUUCCACGAAGCACUGGACUGUUUUUCUGUCUGCAGCAGUUAAAAGGCACAGUUGACUGGGUGUACGAUUGUACCAUCGCGUACGAAGGCACUCCAAAAGGGGGGUUUGCCCCUGAAUACUUCACCAUUCGUUCCACCUAUCUGCAAGGCCGACCUCCCAAGUGCACGAAUAUGUACUGGCGACGAUUUGCCGUUUCCAGCAUUCCACUCUCCGACGCCAAAGAGUUUGACGAAUGGUUGCUAGCUCGAUGGCGCGAGAAGGAUGAUUUGUUGGAGCAGUGGUAUAACACAGGUCUCUUUCCAAGCGACGUCAAUUCUGCAGAUCAAUCAAAAGGUAUAUCUAAGACCGGCUUUAUUGAAACUGAAAUCAGACUCAACAGCUGGUUGGAGAUCGGUCAGAUCUUUGUCGUUCUCGCAGCUGCGGCCCUGGUGGUUAAUGUGGUUCUGAAGUUCUUUGGGUUGUUUAUGACUUUGAAAUGA